UGGAAGGGUAUACUAAUCUUGCACUUCAUGAUUCUGACCAAGGUGCAACGUCUAUAGCAACCACUGCAAAUUCCCAUGAAGACGAACAUUUGUCUUCACCAUCUUUGUCUGAAUCCUCCGUGGUAUCGGAAUUCUUAAUUUCUAACAUUAAUACUGAUAGUGAAAUUCAGAAAUCUUUAAAUAAUGAUGUUGAACAUAAUCUUGAAGAGGACGAUGUUAAACAUGAACAGGUUUAUCAUAUUGAGAAUAAAAUUUUAAAAACAUCUCAAAUUAUAUCUCCAAUUCCACAAAUUACUGAAAAGCAAGUUAUUAUUACUCAAGAGAAUCCUCAUAUUCAAAAGUCCAAAGUUCAAGAGCAAUCAGAACAGAUCGCUAAAUUAACUUCAUUAGGAUCAGCCAAUGAAUCUCUGACAAACGUUAAAGACCAACUAGAAUCCAAAGUUCAAGAGCAAUCACAACAGAUUGCAAAACUUACUUCAUUAGAAUCAGUAAUGGUUCGUCAAUUUGAGCUUGCUGAACGAAUGGAGGAAACAAUGAGACGAUUAGAAGCAAAAGUCAAUUAUCAAAAAGAAGAGUUAGACGGAUUAUUGGCCGGUCGUAUGGAAGAUACUAUUCGACGAUUAGAAAAUAAACUUAAUGAACAAAGUAAAGAAGUAGAAGGGCUAAAAUCUGUUGUAGGAGUGUUUCAAAAAACUCACCCUCAACAAAUCUUGAUAGCGGCAGAGCCGACAUUCGAUACUCAAUUAGCUCAAUUAUCAGUAACAUCAUCACUCGAAGAAAGAACUCUAGCUCAGACAUCAUCACCAUCGAAGAUGACAGCAUCAAUAACGAUGACAGAACAACAAACAUAUACGAAAGACACCCUUGUGAGUACAUUGGUGGUUAAACCAUUGGUUAAUACUAUCACGGUUUCAGCCAGUAUUGCUACAUCAGUCCUUUAUGCAGUCUAUGUGAGACCUGUUGUAGGUCUUGUAAAAGUC